GUAGCAUCACCAAAGAAGAAGAAUUUCCCUCCAAAAAAAUUGGUUUUAUUUUGCCAGCGAGUUCAGAAUUUGUUUACCAACUGAAUGAGUAAACCAACUCGAUGACCACCAUUCUAGACAACUUUCAACGCGCCGAAAAGAUCGGCGAGGGCACCUACGGGAUAGUUUACAAGGCGCGUAGCAACUCUACCGGCCAGGAUGUGGCGCUCAAAAAGAUUCGGCUGGAAGGCGAAACGGAGGGCGUUCCUUCGACGGCCAUUCGAGAGAUCUCCCUGCUGAAGAACCUUAAGCACCCGAAUGUGGUUCAGCUCUUCGACGUGGUGAUCUCCGGCAACAAUCUGUACAUGAUAUUCGAGUACCUGAACAUGGAUCUGAAGAAGCUGAUGGACAAGAAAAAAGAUGUUUUCACCCCUCAGUUAAUAAAGAGCUAUAUGCAUCAGAUAUUAGAUGCCGUCGGCUUUUGCCACACCAACCGUAUACUGCAUCGCGAUCUCAAGCCCCAGAACCUUCUCGUGGACACUGCGGGCAAAAUAAAGUUGGCUGAUUUUGGCCUUGCAAGGGCCUUCAACGUUCCUAUGCGAGCGUACACCCACGAAGUCGUCACCCUUUGGUACCGAGCACCGGAGAUUCUGUUGGGCACGAAGUUCUACUCCACGGGCGUUGACAUCUGGAGUCUAGGCUGCAUUUUCUCUGAGAUGAUAAUGCGCCGCUCCUUGUUCCCCGGGGACAGCGAGAUUGAUCAGCUUUAUAGAAUAUUUCGUACCUUAAGCACACCCGAUGAAACAAAAUGGCCAGGUGUGACACAACUACCAGACUUCAAGACCAAGUUUCCAAGAUGGGAGGGAACCAAUAUGCCACAGCCCAUAACCGAACACGAGGCUCACGAACUCAUAAUGUCAAUGCUGUGCUAUGAUCCCAACCUGCGCAUCUCAGCCAAGGACGCACUGAAGCACGCUUACUUCGGCAAUGUACAGCAUGUUGACCAUGUGGCCCUUCCUGUGGAUCCCAAUGCCGGCAGUGCUUCGCGCCUAACGCGGCUCGUCUAAGCAUGAGCAUAUCCAAUAGCCCCAGAUCUAGCAAAUUACUUGUGAUCUUUAGUAUAGUAAGUUCGAUGUCUACCUCACUAUCUUUAAGGCGAAACUAGUGCAAUUAUAUGAUUUGAAUAUCUAAUCUCUCUUGCAGCUGCCAGCUCAAUUUCAUGCAUUCCCCAUCCUCACUCGCACCUAACACAUACGAUAAAUACACGAUCAUCCAUAAGUAAA